AUCAUUUUUCAUGUAGAAAUGUAAAGCUCCCCUCUGAUAAAUUUUCAUCGUCAAAGUACCCUUCCCUUUUAUGAGUUUUCAAACCUUGCGCCGUUUUGGCGGCCAAAUUCUCAAUGACGAGUCCACCACCGCCACCUUGGCUCAAAUCAUCCAAACCUACGCAAAAACCAAGCAGCUAAACAAAGGCAAACACCUCCACGCUCACCUCCUCCGCACUCACUACCCACUAUGCCUCUUCCUCACCAACCACCUCCUCAACAUGUACUCCAAAUGCGCCCACCCCGAUUACGCCCUCAAACUCUUCGACCAAAUGCCUCAAAGAAACUUGGUUUCCUGGACCGCCAUGGUAACCGGGUUCUCUCAGAACUCGAGGUUCUCCGAGAGCUUCCAGGCCUUUUCCCAGAUGAUAAGAGCCGGGGAGAGCCCGACCCAGUUCGCAUUUGCUAGUGUCAUCAGAGGCUGUGUGGUUCUUGGGUCGGUUGGGAUAGGGAGGCAGCUGCAUUGUCUUGCAUUGAAGAUGGGCUUGGGUUGUGAGCUGUUUGUGGGGAGUAACUUGGCGGAUAUGUAUUCCAAAUGUGGGGUGAUGGUUGAGGCUUGCAGGGUUUUUGAGGAGAUGCCGAGUAAGGAUGCUGUGUCGUGGACUUCGAUGAUUGAUGGGUAUGCCAAGAGUGGGGAGUUUGAGGCGGCUUUGGUGAGUUAUAAGAGGAUGAUUAGUGAUGAGAUUGGUGUGGAUAAGUAUGUUGUUUCUAGUGCAUUGAGUGCCUGUUGUGGAUUGAGGGAUUGUCAGUAUGGAAAGUGUGUUCAUUCGACGGCUGUGAAGUUGGGGUUAGAAGUAGAUGUUGCUGUGGGAAAUGCUCUGGUUGAUAUGUACUCGAAAUCAGGAGAUAUGGAGAGUGCUUCAAAUGUGUUUCAGAUUGACCCCGGGAGGAGAAAUAUUGUGUCGUAUUCGUCUCUGAUCAAUGGUUAUGUCGAGAUGGAUGAAGUCGAGAAGGCUUUUAGUGUGUUUGUUGACUUACAGAGGGAGGGAGUUGAGCCUAAUCAGUUCACUUUCUCGAGCUUGAUCAAGGCCUGUGCUAACCAAGCUGCACUUGAACAAGGGAUCCAGCUUCAUGCGCAGGUGGUCAAGUUUAAUUUUGGUAGAGACGAUUUUGUGGUUUCGGUUCUUGUUGAUAUGUAUGGGAAAUGUGGGUUACUUGAUCGUUCAAUACAAGUAUUUAACGAGAUAGGCACUCCGAGUGAAGUGGCGUGGAAUUCAUUGCUUAGUGUAUUUGCAGUUCAUGGCUUGGGAAAUGAUGCCUUGAGAACUUUCAGUAGAUUGGUCCAAGCAGGAGUUAAACCAAAUGCAAUAACAUUUAUCAGUCUUUUAACAGGGUGUAGUCAUUCUGGAUUGGUGGAGGAAGGUUUGAAGUACUUUCACUCUAUGGAGAAAACAUACGGAAUAGUACCUCGAGCUGGACAUUACUCCUGCGUUAUUGAUUUACUUGGCCGGGCUGGAAGGCUUCAAGAGGCUGAAGAAUUCAUAAACAGUAUGCCAAUGCAGCCAAAUGCUUUCGGUUGGUGCUCUUUUCUCGGUGCUUGCACAAUUCAUGGCGAUAAAGAGAGGGGCAAACUGGCAGCGGAGAAAUUGAUACGACUUGAACCUGAGAAUAGCGGAGCACAUGUUUUGCUUUCAACUCUACAUGCAAAGGAGCAAAAAUGGGAGGAUUUCAGAAGUGUGAGGAAGAUGAUGAAAGACAGCAGCAUGAAGAAAUUACCCGGUUAUAGUUGGGUUGACGUAGGAAACAAAACACACACGUUUGGAGCAGAGGAUUGGUCUCAUCCUCAGAAAAAAGAAAUAUAUGAGAAACUUGAUAGUCUUCUUUGUGAGAUAAAGAAAGCUGGAUAUGUUCCAAAAACAGAUCUUGUUCUGCAUGAUAUGGAUGAGAAUUCAAAGGUAGAGCUUCUUCACCAUCAUAGUGAGAGGAUAGCCCUUGCAUUUGCACUGAUAAGUAUGCCUGCGGGAAAGCCAAUUAUUGUGAAGAAAAAUAUAAGGGUGUGCUUGGAUUGUCAUUCUGCAAUCAAGUACAUCUCCUUAGUUGUUGGAAGAGAGAUUAUAGUAAGGGAUAAUACUCGAUUUCACCAUUUCGCAGAUGGGCUGUGUUCAUGUGCAGAUUACUGGUAAAAGUUUUGAAGGCCCAAGUUUUGUAGUAGAGUACAAAAAUUAUUUGCCUGUUUACCAAAGAGCCAGUUAGCCAAAUAAAUUUUUUUUUUAGCCAAUUGGGUACAAUAAGAAUGAGAAUGACUGAAUGAGUAAAGGGGCUUCUAGGCUUUUGAUUUAAAAGCAUGUAGAUGAAGACGAAUAACCUGAUAUGAAGAAACUAUUGUACAUCAUUUCUUUAUGGAUCACCAGGUUUGAAGGGAAGGACCAAGAACGCUGAAUGUUACCCAUCAAUUAAUUUAGCUUUUCAGAGAUGUAAAUGGCUUCUGA